UUGAGACACCUCAGCUGUGCCCCAUGUGCCAGACGUCCCAUCAGAUGUCAGACAUGGUUGAAAAUGAAAACGACGAGGGCAGUUUGGACUUCUUCUGUAGUAACAGAUGUAUGGUGGUACACAAGGCUCAAUCGUUAACCGUUUCAGGAAGGAACUGCCCAUCAUCCAAAGAAAAUGAUGUUAAAGAAGUGAAGCCACCACUACCAAAUUUGGACUUUAUAAAAGAAGAGCCCAUUGAUGAGGAGUACAAUCAGAAUCUGUCAUCCUCCAUAUCCACAGAAAACAUCAAGGACGAGCCUAAUAGGGUGAAGGAGGAAUUGAAGAUUGGUUCAGUCUUUUCCUUGAAGGGAGACACACUCUCCCACUCGCCCACUCUCACCCACAUGGAUUUGCCUGCGUCUUGCUCCAGCUGCAAAAAGGUCCUGAUGGACGGAGAGACAGUUUAUCAGAGGAAGCUCCAUGCAGAUAUAUUCUGCUCCACCCCAUGCCUUUUGAAAUUUUACCAAAUUAAACAAGUUAGGAAGACCUGCCACUUCUGCCUUCAGGCAAUAACAAAGAAUGAGGACGUCCUUCCGGCCCCGGUGGAUACUGACGGCACAAUGAAGGAUUUCUGCAGCCAGACCUGCCUGUCCUCCUUCAACUACAAGAGAAUCAUGUCCACCAAAAUUCCCAUCGCACCAGUCGCGUCACAGUCACAAUGCAGCAUGUGCAGCAGAUAUUGCAUUAGCAAACAUGAAAUCAUACAGCAGGACGUCGUUCAUAAGAUCUGCAGUGAUCCCUGUUUUCUCCGCUUCUGCAACAUGAACAACCUGUCCGUCUGUGAGAACUGUCGCUCCAGCAGCAACAGACCCCUCAGUCUCAAGAUGGAAGAUGGCAGAAAGAAACUCUGCAAUGCAGAGUGUCUGGCUCAGUUCAAGCGGAAAAUCACAACACCACAGCCGUGUGCCAUGUGCUGCACUUCCCAUUUAAUGUCCGACAUGGUUGAAAACAAAAACGGUGACGGCACAGUGGAGCUCUUCUGUUCGAGCAGUUGUGUUAUGGCAUCCAAGAUCCAGGCUGUCAGUGCAUCAGGUAUUCCAUUGAAUUGUGACAACAACUGUGGUAAGACUACAUUACCAGCCUGCCACCUCGCCAUGUCAGAUGCGUCCAUCAGAAACUUUUGCACUCUCACCUGUGCCAUGGCGUUUAAGGAGUCCCAGAAAGACAUGAAGUCUGCCACUAGCCCAACAGGAGCCCCCGACCAAACCCAGUGUGAUUUCCUCAAACCACCAGGGAAACUGCCGUGCGCUCAGUGUCGACGCAUCAUAAAAGCUGCGCCCCAAGUCGUACAGAAAAAGGGCAAAAUGAAUUUUGUGUGUAGCCUGGCCUGUUCUCAAGAGUUUAAGAGGGUCAACAACAUCAUGGGCAAGUGUGAAUAUUGUAAGAAUGAAAGGAUCAUCACAGACGCCAAGAGGGUCGACGGCAAAGACUGCUACUUCUGCAGUGACGGCUGUAAGAUGCUCUUUCAACAUGAUCUGGAAAAGCAGUGGGGGGAACACUGUAGCUCGUGUGCCUACUGCCUCUCCAUCUCUCAGACGGUGGUGACGGCACAGUUUAAAGGCACUAAAGAGGAGUUCUGCUCUGAAGAGUGUAGCUCAAAUUACCAAAUGCUCUUCUGCCAUAUUGCCAAGUGUGACACCUGUGGUCACGAAGGGAAACUGAGGCAGAGUCUUCCCAUGCUGGGAGAGGUCAAACACUUCUGUGACCUGAAAUGUCUCCUACAUUUCUGCAACAAAAAGGUCCAGAUGGUCAACGCUGUCUCUUCACCUCCUGGAUCUGCAGGCGCAACAGAGUCCUCCCCGGUCAUCGCUAACGUUAUCUCACUUGCUGGUGCUUUGGCCAGGCAGCCCAGUGCCUCUGCCAGCUCUGCACAGCAUGUUUCUCUCCCAGACAUUCAAACAAAGGUUGUUGGACAUGCCAGUAUUCAAACAGUGCCCAAGGAACUGAAGAACAAGUCCAUGCUUUGCACACCGCUGGUUCACAACAAAGGAGUCUCCUGUACAACACAGACUGUCGACACAGAAGCACAGACAGACAACUUUGAACCCACAGUCAUAGUCCUGCCUGUACCGGUGCCGAUGUAUGUCCCUUUGCCUAUGAACAUGUACAGCCAGUACACACCAAAGCCAGUGGGCCUGCCCUUACCGCUUCCUGUACCCAUUUUUCUCCCCGUGACGCCAGACAACGCUGACCCAACUGUGAAAUCCAUGAAGGAGAGCAUCCAGCCUGACCCUAUCAAGGGAGAGCUCAACUUAAAGUCUGAGAAGAAGAAAAUGCAAGAUAAGAGGAACGAGAGCGAAGACAGGCAAAAGGAGAGAGUGGUGACAAAAGAGGGACAAAGACAAGAAAUUCGCACUCCAAAGGAGCACACCAUUAACUAUAGUGACCUUGAUAAAGAUCGUGAGGCCACUCUGAACAGCCGGGAAGACUCGCACAACCAUGAAAAACCACCUCCCGUUUUAGAAGUGGGAAUGCCCGUUGAGCCUCAGCCUGAGAUCCUACCUCCUGCUCCUCCUCUUGCUCUGGAGAUGAGAGAGGACCCCCAGAGCCCACCUAACCCUGCACCGGCACCUCCUCUAGUACAACAACCUGUGGGGAAAGUCCACAACAAGAGAAGGCUGCAACAGUUUACCAAGGCGGCUAAAAAGAAGACAUCUCAAAGAGGCUUUUCCAAGACCGUGUCCAGGAAGCACCACAAACUGAAUAGCCAAAGUGGAAUUGACGCCUGGAAGAGAUGGGUACAAUGGAGGAAAUCACAAACCAACCUGGACCUUGUUUCCUCACAUGCCGUGACAUUAAAGGAGGAUGUUCUUCACUGCUCUGCUGCCGAGCUGAGCAGCGGCCUUUGUUGUUUCAUCACUGAGGUGAAACAACCCGAUGGAGAGCCGUACUCCCCUGACGGCCUGUUCUACCUCUGUCUCGGUAUACAAAAGUACCUGUUUGGGAACAGUCGUAUGGAGAACAUAUUCAGUGAUCAGAUGUACAACAAGUUUUCCACUGAGUUCACCAAGAUCCUGAAAGGUUUCAAACCCUCAAUCGCAGCCAGCGGUUACAUCCAUUCCCAUGUGGAGGAGGAGUUCCUGUGGGACUGUAAACAGUUGGGGGCGUACUCACCCAUUGUCCUCCUCAACAGUCUGCUCUUUUUCUGCUGCAAGUACUUUGGCUUCACCACGGUGGAGCAGCACCGCCAGCUGUCCUUCGCCCGCAUCGUGAACUGCAACAAAACCAACGAGAAUAACACCAAGACCACUUUCCUGCGCUUCUGCCGAUCAAUAUCAAUAAACGAGUCAGAUGCAGACGGCGUCCCAGCUAAGAAGCGUAAGAAACGUGAGAGUAAAGAGGAAGUGCUGGAGAUGACGGAGAACACGGAGAACUUUCUCCGCUGUCCAGUCAGACUCUACGAGUUCUACCUCUCCAAGUGCUCAGAGUCGGUGAAGCAGCGCACAGACUUGUUCUACCUUCAGCCAGAUCCUGGUUGUAUUCCCAGCAGCCGUCUGUGGUUCUCCUCCACCCCUCUGGACAACAGCACCAUGGAAGCCAUGCUUGUACGAAUCCUCGCCACCCGAGAGCUGCAGGGGGGAGGUGGAAGAGGUGUGGACCAGCAGGCGCCGGAUGAUGCGCUGUUUAUAUCUGAGGAGGAUUCAAAAUGAUGGCUGGCAGUUUUGUUGUUUUUGUUGAACUGUGUUUAAAUCUGGUUUAUCAUGUUGCAUUAAAAAAUUUAUAAAUUGUUCAGAGAAAUACAUUCCAUCAAACAGAAAUAUAGAAAUUAAGUCUCUCAAACUCACGUAAAAUGAGUUGAUCUACAAAUAAGACUCAGUUCAUCUGCAUGUUUUGAUGAAAUCGUGCAAGGUUAAAUGUUUUGUUAAAUACUGAACGCUCACAUCCAUGUUCUGUGAUUGCUUUAAUCUCUUACAUUAAAUAAACAGCCUUUAUUUACUUACAUUACACCCAUCUUAUUAAGAAAAUGAAGUAGCAUAACACUACAGAUAAGUCUAAAAUAUUUCUGUGAAAUCAUCCCUUGAUGUCUCAUCAACUUUAACAGAUGAAGAAAAAAGUUAACUGCUCAUAUAAACGGUUUGUCAAGUCUUUGGUUUGUUGAAUGUUGAUGCUUUCAGUUCUGACCUGAGAUUUAGUUAUUUUUUUAUUUUUGAUAAAUAAAAAUACUGAAAAGUAA